CCCAAGGGGCGGGGACGCGCCGGGCGCCGUUGCUCGCGGAGCGGAGCAGCCCCGCCCUGGCCCUCGGCUCCAGGAAGACGGCGCAGGCCCUUCCGCCUCGGUGCGUGUCGUGGGACAGGAGGUCACGGGGUCAGCAGGCAGCGCAGCUGGUCCUGGCCGGGCCUCAAGUUUGGUGGCUGGUGGCGGGUAGCAGCGUCCUGCUCCUGGCUGGGGGCUGCCCGCGCUCCGCGAGUGGUGCUGCUCCAGGGCGGGGACUGCCCAGGGCCAGGUUUCCAAUAAAUAGAAUCGCAAACAGUACUUGAGAGAAAUGACCCACUGGUUUCAUCGCAACCCUUUAAAGGCUACAGCUCCCGUCACAUUCAAUUUCUAUGGGGUAGCCAGCAGUCCUGCUGCAACAAAGAUUUGCAAUGACUUAAGAUCAUCUAGGGUACGACUCUUGGAGCUGUUUACUGAUUUGAGUUGUAAUCCAGAAAUGAUGAAGAACGCAACUGAUUUGUACUUUUCACUCUUGCAAGGCUUUAUAGUCUCACUGGAUAACUCUUCCCAAGACUGCAAGUUGCGAUAUAUUCAGAAUUUUAAGUGGACAGACACAUUACAAGGACAAGUUCCAAGUGCCCAGCAGGAUGCUGUGUUCGAAUUGGUUUCCAUGGGAUUUAACGUGGCUCUCUGGUACACAAAAUAUGCAUCGAGACUGGCUGGGAAAGAAGAUAUAACAGAAGAUGAAGCAAAAGAUGUUCACAGAAGCUUGAAGAUAGCAGCUGGGAUUUUUAAACAUUUGAAGGACAGCCAUAUCCCCAAACUGAUUACACCUGUAGAAAAGGGGAGGGAUUUAGAAGCUCGACUUAUAGACUCCUACAUCAUCCAGUGCCAAGCUGAAGCUCAAGAAGUGACAAUUGCCCGAGCUAUUGAGCUGAAACACAAUCCUGGUCUGAUAGCUGCUCUAGCCUAUGAAACAGCCAAUUUCUACCAAAAAGCUGAUCAAAUGUUAUCCAGUUUGGAUCCAGCAUACACUAUUAAAUGGAGAAAGUACUUACAGUUGAAGGCAUGUUUCUAUAUGGCUUAUUCAUACUGCUACCAUGGUCAAACUCUGCUGGCCAGCGAUAAAUGUGGAGAAGCAAUCAGAUCUCUGCAGGAAUCAGAAAAAUUUUUUGUCAAGGCUGAAGCAUUUUGCAAAGAAUAUGGUGAAACCAAAGGGCCUGGGACUACUGCCAAACCCUCUGGCCACCUCUUCUUUAGGAAACUAGGAAGUCUGGUUAAGAAUACCCUAGAAAAAUGCCAGAGAGAAAAUGGUUUCAUUUACUUUCAGAAAGUGCCACCCGAGGCUCCUCAGCUGGAGCUGAAGGCAAACUAUGGUCUGGUAGAACCCAUCAUUUUUGAAUUUCCUGCCUUGCAUGCACACUGGACCCCUGAAACACUUGCUGCAUUUGAUCUCACCAAGAGGCCAAAGGAUGACAGUGCUAAGCCAAAACCAGAGGAAGAAGUGAAACCUCUGAAAGAACCAGAUAUAAAGCCUCAAAAAGACAGUGGAUGCCAGAUCUCUUAAACACCAUAAGUGCUUUGAAUUCCUUCUACAAGUUGUAUUUAAUGAACUCUGGGGCUUUCAUUUAAGAUCCCCUUUUCUAAUUCUUCUUAAUCCUAAAGAUUAAUUUACUGAUUUAUGUUUAGUAGAAGUCUCUUCAUUGAGAAUGUGGCUGGAUUUAUAAAUGAAAUUAUUUAUAGCCAGGCUUUUUGUUGUUGGGACCUCAAUGAGCUCAAAUGUCCACAUGCUUAUAGAAAGUGUUUUAAGUUUAGGUGGUGGUUCUCAGGUUAGCUUCUGUACCGAGAAUAGCAUACUGAAGUUAGUAUUUCCCACCAUAGGAAAGGGUGGUAAAGUUAAAGAUAUGGUUUCUUUCCAUGAGAUUUAAUUCUUUACAUACUACUUAUAGUGUCAAGCGCCCAGAACAAAAAAAGAUACAAAUGGAAAUUUGCCAGAAGCAAUCUUUUAGUCAUGUUCAUCACAAAGGCUUAAAACCCUGUCUCGUUCCCAUUCUGUUUCUGAUAAAUGAGAAAAGUAAUUCUCAGCUGGGCUUUAUCCAUGUGGAAACUUCUAUAGUGAAGUGACUUCACUAUACUUCCUCAGAAGCGGAAUUUCUCCAUAAUCAGAAUGCAGUUUAUACUCCGUUGAAACAACUGGACACUCCAUUCUACUUCACUUUAAAUCGGGUUUCCCUAUACCCAAGUUCAUAGUAACCUGCUUCCUCUGUAGCUUGUUUAUUUUAUCCAACUGCUUACUUUGAAGGCUUUUAAUCUCAAAUUGGGAGUCUGGUGGUGGCAUGGGAGUAUGAGGCAG